AUGAAUCCAAGGUUCAAAGUCUCGCGCAAAAUCAGUUGCUGUCUGAUUGCGGCAUCCUGGGUGUAUGGUGUAGUAACAAUGCUGCCUCCGUUGUUGGGUUGGACUGGCUUUGUGCCUGGAAAUUCUGGGGUGAUCUGUGGCCCUGAUUGGACGGAUAUCUCACCGUCUGGUAAGGCUUAUAAUCUUCUUCUGAUCGCCGUGGGAUUCGUUGUGCCACUUUCAUUGAUUUCUGUGUCUUACUUCAAGAUUUUCAGGAUUCUUCGUCAAGACGUCGUCCCAGAAAACAAUCGCAUCAGGCAGCGGCGAAGACAAUGGCAAAUAAAAUUAGCGCGCCUGACAGCAGUUGCAAUGGCCGCUUUUAUGCUAAGUUGGUCUCCAUAUUGUUUCGUCAGCCUUGUCAGUAUUUUCAAGGGCGACCAUUUACUUUCUCCCGGUGAAGCAGAAGUUCCUGAACUUAUGGCCAAAGCGUCGGUGAUUUACAACCCAUUCGUGUACACCAUUAUGAAUAGACGCUUUCGCAGGACCCUAAGCGCCAUGGUAUCGCGCUGCAGAUAUUGUAAAUGGCGCCAUUUCAGGAAAAACAAGGACUCAAGCACUUACAUUCGGGAGUGCGAUACAGAAAUUAGAUUUUCAACUUUACAAUUUCCAAGUCGUUAUCAAAAAUCAAGGUCAAGUCUGCGUGAGCCAAGAUGUACUCAGGGGAGUAGUGAGGAUGGGGCGUAUCAGGAGGAGGGGUAGGAAAACUGCCCCCCCCCCCACCCCCUAAUGAGUAAAGAAGUGCUUGCACGGUUCAGCAUCUGAUGACUGCAGACUUUCUCACCUCAUGCAUAGUGCAAAGUGUCUGCAAUGAAAAUACAGGUGCUACUACUUCGUUAGAUGUUGCCUUUGACUGCGACGGUAAACUGAAGGCAGAAAACAUUCGCUUGGCGAAUAUUCUGUGAGCGACAUCUCAACAAUGCAUUUUCGUGGCGAAGCCGACGAAUACUGCGACAUUGUGAAGAACAUCUCUAUAUUAUAUGUGGCAUCUAACGUUUAUUUACUCACCUUUCGAUUUCAAAUAGCCCUGAUAGCUGCCGGGCAAAGCUUCCUGGGGCCGGAGAGGUAUGGCCCUACCACUUACUUGGUGCCUAAACUACUUGAGCUUUGCGAAGCUCUAGUUUAAAACGAGAGAGUUGAAUAACGCGAAAUAGAAGAGAUUCAGAAAGGACUGGGUGGCAGCCGAAAUGACUGGCACGGCCAUAUUCGCGCGUCACAUCAGAAAACAAUACGCCCUUGUGAAAAGUAGCUCUUACUGAGCCUCCUAAGCAAUCAAAGCGAUCGACUAAAAACGAGUCUUGCUAGUUUUGAUAUAAAUCUGGCUUUUGCAAUAAUAGGUUAGGAAAUUCGUAUGUCUGUUGGAGGCGCCCACCACAUUUACCAUUACGUCACUAUGUGGGCCAACUGGGUUCGAUUAUCUUGGAAGCCGGGAAGAUUCGAAGUUCACAUCCAAAACUGUUAACUGCUGACGUUAGUUAAAUGGGAAAAGAGGGAUAUCUAGAGAAAUCUUGAAAUAAACAGUAAAUAUUUGUAACAACGGCUUAUUACAGCUUCAUUUACGUGUUGUCUUGCGCUUUGUAGUUACACAAGUAGUUCCAGUAUGUAAUAUGCGCGCUCUUCUCCGGUUUCAGGAUUAAUCAAAACUAUAACAAAAUUCUCGAACGUGAUUGGCUAUCAGCAGCCCGAUUUGAGCAUUA